GACCAAAUUUGGUAAUAGAAUGACCAAAUAUUUCCGACGUGGCUCUUCACGAUUGGGUACUCCAACGUACUCCAACACCCAUCCUUAAACCGGAAGUCAGCGAAAGUGCAACAAUAACGCGGUUUGCAGUCGUUGAGAUCCAUCGGCACUAUGUAAUAUUCCAUUCCGAUGCGCGCCAAAACCCACAUUUUCUCUCCUAAAUCUCUCUCCUAAUUCUGCGUAUGAUUUCUGAAGAAUUCGUUUCAAUGGCGGCCAGAUAUUAGUGAAAUUCUGUAAAAAAUAGUGUUAAUUGCGUCAAUGGCAUCGUCGCUGUUGAACGGCGAGAGAGCCGUCGUUUUACUCGUCCUCACACGCAUCCUUUACUCAGCUCCUUUCUCUCUCCUCCUCCUCGAGGCUGUUGCUCUCUUUUUCCUCGUUUCCGCCGCCUUAUUCGUCGAGAUCUCCGUCGAAAACUCCGCCGCCACAACCACCGCGAAAUUCAGUGCCAGGCCAGGUGCGUCGUCGGGAAUUCUGCUGGGAGCAGUGACGUUGCCUGCUGUAGUGUUCUCUAAGUUAAUACAGCUGUCAAGAGGAUUGGCAUUAGCAGAAGUUGCACUUGCAGAAUUUCAGUACCAGAAGGUGCUAUAUUGGACUACGUAUAUUAGCUGCUUCAGUAUACUUCUGUUCCUUGGUGUGGUCAUUCAGCAUUCAAGCAGCAGCAGAGUUGCAUUGAAAUGCACCUUCACAUGUGUAAUGUUGGGUGUAGUAGUAUACACGAUUCUCCCAUUUGAUUCUUCUAAUUAUGGGUUGCACUUGGCAUUGAUGCUUCUGUGGAUGAUAGGUCAUGGAGUAGCUGCAGUGAAAUUGAUUCAGCACGUUCUUUGUACUUUCCCUUCGUGUGCUUCCAUAGGAGAAGCGCUUUUGGUGACUGUUGGUCUUACUACAUAUUUUGGAGACAUGCUUAGAUCUACUCUUGUCAAGAUCGUACAGUACUUGAUGCCAUCAGAGGUUGAUGUGCGAUAUAGCAUCAAAAGAAGUGAGAUUAGCACCAUCAUUCAGGGUUAUCUGCUCGGCCUCCUCCUGUUUCCUUUACUUACCAAAGUUUCUGUUCAAAUUGUCAAUCGCUUCACCAGUUCUAGUGUUUGUAAAGCAAGGAUCUGGAAUGAGAGUGGGCAAUCUGUUUUAUUCUUCACUUUGCUGGCAGUCAGUUCAGCUGCGGUCAUUCCACUGUGGGUGCAGUUUGUUCAGGAUUUUCAAGUGCAUCCUCUGUUAUGGGUGCUUGAGUUCGUUUUCUCUGAGCCACUGAAGAGGUUAUCAUUGUGUGUCUACUGGGUAGGUGUAAUAUGUGUCUCGGUGCAUCGGUUCUAUAACAUUUCAAAGAGUAGUAAGGUGGAGAGGAUCCUCUUGCGGAAGUAUUAUCAUCUAAUGGCUGUUUCUAUGUUUGUCCCUGCUCUUAUUCUUCAGCCAGAUUUUCUUAAUCUUGCUUUUGGUGUGGCUUUGGCAACUUUUUUAGUCAUGGAAAUUAUUCGAGUAUGGAGAAUUUGGCCUUUUGGGGAGACUAUCCAUCAUUUCAUGAAUGCUUUUACAGACCACCGUGACUCGGAAAUUCUUAUUGUGAGCCAUUUUUCUCUCUUAUUGGGAUGUGCGCUACCUAUAUGGAUAUCUUCUGGAUUUAGUGAUCGUCCACUUGCGCCCUUUGCUGGCAUUUUGAGCCUCGGAAUUGGAGAUACAAUGGCAUCAAUGGUUGGUUACAAAUAUGGUGUCCUGAGGUGGAGCAAGACUGGCAAGAAGACUAUUGAAGGAACUGCUGCUGGUAUAACAUCAGUCAUGGCAGCUUGCUCUUUCCUCCUCCCACUUCUUGCAUCGGCUGGAUAUAUCCAGAAUUGGAGCUCACUUCUCUUGGCGGUGAUAGCAAGUGGCUUGCUUGAGGCUUAUACUGCUCAACUUGACAAUGCGUUCAUUCCGUUAGUGUUCUACUCUCUCUUGUGUCUGUAAUAUGACACUAAUGCUAAAUCAACGAUAAUGACUGGUAGGCAUUUCUUAGACCGUUCACAAUAUGCAGAAUAGUACAUUUCUUUGUAUAUAGACUAAGCCCCAAGCUACACUUCCAUUGACAAGUUAAAUGCAGUUGCCUUACCAUAUAUUCACGGAUCUAUUCUGAAAACAAAUUAUUAUACACUAUAGAGGACCAGACAAGGUUUUUUGUGAAUAUUGCUCCAAAAUGCUGAAGGCUGUUCUGCUGGUAGGAGAUGAGCCUUUUAUGUGUAUAUCAUAUACGUAGUAUGUAUAAUAUUAACAAGCAAAUCUAUUACUUGUAAAAUUCAUUAUUUUGUAUGUAUUCUAUGUUAUAUGAUCACCCACGAAAUUUUCCAGGUCCUA